AUGGUGGUGCAGCUGGUUGCUGGUGGCUGUGGAAGCAGUGGAGGUAGUGGAGGCAGUGGAUGUGGUCGUGCACCGCAACCCGCAAAAGAUCCUUGGGGAAAUGGCAACGGACCAGACAAAAAUGGAAAUGGCGGCAGUCACACCAAGUAUCCCGGUUACAAUACCACUCCAGAUCCUUGGGGCAACAAAGCAGGUAUGACAAAGCCAGGCGGCAAACCCACUCAAGAUCCUUGGGGAAACAAUGGGGACCUAAGGGGCCACACGUCCCUGGCUACAAUCCAGGAACUGGACCUGGCUACCCAGGAGCUGGACCUAGCUACACCCCCGGAACUGGACCUGGCUACACUCCAGGGACUGGACCUGACUACCGUCAAGGAACUGGACCUGGAUACACGCCCAGGAACUGGACCUGGAUACACCCCAGGAACUGGACCUAGCUACACCCCCGGAACUGGACCUGGCUACACCCCGGAUCUGGACCUGGAAUCUAUCCCGGAACUGGACCUGGCACUGGACCUGGCUAUCCCUGGAACUGGACCUGGCUACAUCCGGAACUGGACCUGGCUACAAUCCAGGCACUGGACCUGGCUACCACCCUGGAACUGGACCUGGCUACCACCCUGGAACUGGACCUGGCUCCCGCCCAGGAACUGGACCUGGCUACACUCCGGAACCGGACCUGGCUACACCCCAGGAACUGGACCUGGCUCCCGCCCAGGAACUGGACCUGGCUACACUCCCGGAACUGGACCUGGCUACACCCCCGGAUCUGGACCUGGAAUCUAUCCCGGAACUGGACCUGGCUACACCCCCGGAACUGGACCUGGUUACACCCCAGGGACUGGACCUGGAAUCUAUCCCGGAACUGGACCUGACUACCGCCAAGGAACUGGACCUGGCUACAACCCAGGAACUGGACCUGGUUACAACCCAAAUACUGGUCCUUAUCCAGGCUCUGCUACAACUCCAGAUCCUUGGGGCAACAACGCUGGGAUGACGAAGACUCCAGGAAUCCAGGGGAACACAGGUACUGGUCCUGGUUAUAACAAUGGUCCUACAAACAAACCAGUUAGUCCAGGUACCGGCUACUAUCCCAACUCCGGCUCACAGACACAGAAUGGUUUUCCAUCUAGCUACCCAGGUUCACAACCCCCUGGUUCUUCGUACCCAGGCUCAAAUACGCCAGGUUCCUCUAAUCCAGGCUCUACAUACCCAGGUUCACCAUACCCAGGCUCCUAUACACCAGGUUCUACAUACCCAGGAUCUACUUAUCCGGGCUCCCAAACUCCUGGUUCAAAAACUCCUGGUUCUCAGUACCCUGGCUCCCAAACACCAGGUUCACAGUAUCCUGGUUCACAAACUCCAGGAUCUACUGGUCCGGGCUACCAAACACCAGGUUCUCAAUAUCCUGGCUCACAAACCCCAGGUUCUUACUAUCCUGGCUCACAGACUCCAGGUUCUAAAACACCUGGUUCUAGUUAUCCCGGAUCGCAAACUCCGGGUUCUUACUACCCUGGUUACUACCCUGGUUCAAAGACCCCUGGUUCUCAGUAUCCUGGCUCCCAAACGCCAGGUUCUCAGUAUCCUGGCUCCCAAACCCAGGUUCUCAGUAUCCUGGCUCCCAAACACCAGGCUCUCCUUAUCCUGGUUCACAAACUCCAGGAUCAACUGAUCCCCGCUCCCAAACACCAGGUUCUUACUAUCCUGGUUCACAGACUCCAGGUUCUAAAACACCUGGUUCUACUUAUCCCGGAUCGCAAACUCCUGGUUCUCAUUACCCCGGUUCUCAAACUCCAGGAUCUACCUAUCCUGGCUCCCAAACUCCAGGCUACUAUCCUGGUUCUCAAUAUCCUGGGUCCCAAACCCCAGGUGCCACUUAUCCAGGUUCCCAAACACCAGGCUCAACUUAUCCUGGUUCCACAUAUCCUGGUUCACAGACUCCGGGAUCUACUUAUCCUGGUUCUAAGUAUCCUGGCUCCCAAACCCCAGGCUCAACUUAUCCAGGUUCCACAUAUCCUGGUUCACAGACUCCGGGAUCUACUUAUCCUGGUUCUACGUAUCCUGGCUCCCAAACCCCAGGCUCCCCUUAUCCAGGUUCCCAAACACCAGGCUCAACUUAUCCUGGUUCCCAGACUCCAGGAUCUACUUAUCCUGGUUCUAAGUAUCCUGGCUCCCAAACCCCAGGCUCAACUUAUCCAGGUUCCACAUAUCCUGGUUCACAGACUCCAGGAUCUACUUAUCCUGGUUCUACAUAUCCUGGCUCCCAAACCCCAGGUUCCCAAACACCAGGCUCCCAAACCCCAGGUUCCACUUAUCCAGGUUCUCAAACCCCAGGCUCCACUUAUCCAGGUUCCACUUAUCCUGGUUCCCUGACUCCAGGGCCCUACUACCCAGGAACUUACCCAAGCCAGCCUGGAAACCCGCAAACACCGGGCGGCACCCAGCCUCCUAUUCAAGGGAACGUCGGUUCGUCUGCUUGCGGCGACGUCCAGGCGAGCUCCAACUGCUUGCUGCUGACGCAGGCGCAGACCUGUGGUGGUGAUAUCUGUCAGACCCAGAAAAUGUGCAAUUUCGCCGAGACCCAAGUCGCCAGCGGAAGAUAUGACAACAA